ACCGCCGCAGCUGGCGCAUACCGCGGGUUCUCCGGGCAGCGCGCGUCCGCUCUCCUCGGCUCCGGGAUGAUCGGCCAGAAGACCCUCUACUCCUUCUUCUCCCCGAGCCCCGCCGGGAGGCGACGUGCCCGCAGUCCCGAGCCGGCCGACCCGGGGACCGGCGUGGCGGCGGUAGCUGAGGAGAGCGGCGAUGCGGCGGCCAGCCCCCCCAAGAAGGCCCGGGCCGGGCAGGAGGACCCCGGCACGCCGCCCUCCUCGCCGCUGAGCCCUGAGCAGUUGAUCCGCAUCCAGAAAAACAAGGCCGCCGCCCUGCUCAGACUCGCGGCGCGCAACGUGCCGGUGGGUUUCGGUGAGAGUUGGAAGAAGCCUCUCAGCGCGGAGUUCGGGAAACCGUAUUUCAUCAAGCUAAUGGGAUUUGUCGCGGAAGAAAGAAAACAUUACACUGUUUAUCCACCUCCACACCAAGUCUUCACGUGGACCCAGAUGUGUGACAUAAGACAUGUGAAGGUUGUCAUCCUGGGACAGGAUCCGUAUCAUGGACCCAACCAAGCCCAUGGGCUCUGCUUUAGUGUUCAAAGACCCGUUCCACCGCCACCCAGGUACGAUUGCUUGACAGAUGGCUCGGGUCCAAGUGUGAUUACUUUCAGAUGUGUACUUUGCAGGUUCUAGGUACACUUGUUGGGGGGACAUUCAGUAGCCUUUGGAGCAAGAUUUCUCUGUCUUGUUACUGUUGACAUCAGGGGUUGGGUCUUUGUGCAGGAGAGGUUUUGUUCUGUGCACUCACUGUAGGAUGCUGAGCAGCAUGCCUGGCCUCACCCACUAGAUGCCGGCAACACUACCCCCGCCCCCAGAGAGCGCUAGUAAAAUGGCAAUGAAGAAUGUCUUUAGACGGUGCCUGAAGUCGCCUAGGGGGCAAAAUCACCCCUGGUUAAAAACCACGGCUUCGGGGAAUUUUACAGACAACAUAUGUGAAUAUAACCAAUACAGAAACAUACCAAACCAUAAAUAUUAGUUGAGAGGUGGUAACCCCUGGGCUGAUGUACUUAAAUCUUCCAAAGCGCGCUGUUCCUUAAAUCUGAGCCUAAACCAAAAUAAAGAUCUUUGGCAAGGUUUCCUAUCAGAAGGAAUGACGGGGGC